AUGGCCCCUGUACGUCCACGUACAUCAAGAAGGACAGUGGCUACAAUCCCCACGACGCUCCGUCACAAGCUACAUCUUGUUGAGAAGUGCACCGAUGAGGAGAUGGCAGCGCAUCUCGAAGAUUUCAAAGAGUGGGUUUGGCCCAAGGGAGAUCUCUAUGCGUACAUCGGAGUACUCAAUAGAUUGGAUGGCACGCUCGAGAAGAUUACAAAUGACUUUAAUUUGAAAUCUGCUGGCUACGGUGUGCAGGAUAAGCUCUUUGACGCAUCCUCUAAGAGGCUUAUCAACGCUGUCCUUAGAUUUCUCAAGCUUCUCAUCGAUAAUUGCUCCAAUAGAAAGAUAUUUAAUUCGGUGGAGCAUUUAGACGCUCUCAUUUUAACAAACGAUGUCGAGGUGCUUUCCAACAAUCUCAAACUUAUUCUGUCUAUUCAAGCUCACCAUCGCAACGCUCUCCAGCUCAACAGCAAGGCUCUGCUAUCAGUGGCGUGGAACUGGCCAAGUAGCGCCAGUCUCGCUGAUUCCAUUACAACCUCUAUUCCUCCCCUCAAUGACACAGUCUCUUUCCAAUUCUUUGACACCCAGUCGAGAAGUAUUCACUUGGAAAAAGUUGGUGAAAAUCCACUUAGCGACCUCGACCUACACAAGGAGUGCGUUGAUCAGUACAAAAUACCAAAAGACGGCAACUCGAACAACUUUGAUCUAUAUCAUCGCAUCAGAUCCAUCAAGGUUUUUGAUAGCCCUUCCAGACGUCAUUUCAUCGAAUCUAGACUCCUAGCUUUGAGUUUAUAUUUACAGCUCGUUAAAGAAUCUCAAGCUCAACACAAUCUGCUUAUUUAUGAACCAACACUUGUGCAGCAGCUCACCCACCUCCUUCAACUUCCAUUGGACGAUGAGUAUAUCUCAAUCCAAUCCACCUCUCUCAUCUGCCUUGAAUCUUUGGCGCACUACAAGACGCGCGUGAGUGAAGUUCUUAGUUGCUUAAAUGCAGGUGUCAACCAGGGCUUGUUGUUCACCUAUAUUCGCAAUGUCACCAAUAAGUUGUCUCAAUCAUCACCACCAUCACCACAGCUUGUGGACCUUGUGGACAGCAUUUUUUCUAUGAUCAGCCAUCUCUCGACUUCGAAUUCGGGUGGCCAGAUGCUGGUUGGGGCCGGGCUGAUUACAUUGCUUAUCAAUCUCUUCAAAGUCGACAGCUCAACGCUAAUCACAAAGUGUCUUCAACUCCUCGAUGCACUUUUGUACUCAUACCGCAACGCUCUUCCCAUCUUUAUCAACGCCAAUGGACUCACCACACUCGUUGAGAAGAUCCACCACCGAGUUCUUGCGAGUGUAGAGCAUAAGGCAGAGUUGGAAGCGAAGAGUGACAAUGACGAGGACGUUGCAACAACAUUUGGCCGUCUCCCUGUCUCUGAAUCACAAGCAAUGAAAUCGUCGCUACGUUCUAUCUACAGGCUGCUUACAUCCUCAGGUACUGAGGGUGGAAUACGCAAUCUGAUAGACACUACACUUCUGCAGGACAUUCAUCUUAUCCUCGACAACCGCAGAUUCUUCGGUGCAUCGAUCACCUCAUUCGCUCUCAAUAUCAUGGCUACAUUCGUACACAACGAGCCUACAUCCCUCUCAAUCAUACAGGAGGCACAGUUGCCUGCCAAGUUUUACAACAGUAUCGAAGAGUAUAUAGAACCGCAUAUCGAUAUUCUCACUGUUAUCUUCAAUGUCAUCUCAGCUUGCUGUUUGAAUGAGAACGGCUUGAACGAAUUCAUGCAGAGAUCUGAUACGAUUAUUGGUAAGAUAUUCGAAAUGUUCACCUCUGCUACCCAUAUCAAGGUGUUGAGCGAAAAGGAGAAUGCUGUCAACAUUGGAUCGAGUGUCGAUGAACUUAUAAGACACCAACCUUCACUCAAACCUAAGGUAUUGAAUGCCAUCAACGGUCAACUAGAUAGAAUUGCAGAGAUCGGUGGUGCUUUCGACUGCAAUGAAGUCGGCCAGUAUGGUUUGAGCGAGGUGGCGAGAUACAGACUGCUGACCCAGGACGAGCAUUCCAUGGUGGAGAAUGUGCCAAACGAUAAGAGAGAAGAUCCUUUCGCGAUGAAAUGCAUCGAUGUCAUGGCCAGAUUCCUCGAGUCCGUCUUCACAAAUGGUACACACGCAAAAGAAUUUUUGGAUGCAGGUGGAUUGGAAAGACUUGGAAGGUUCUUCGGUCUGCCUUGCUUACCUUACGACUUCUCCAUUAGUCGCGCAUCUGAAGCUAUCGCACAGCUCGGUAGAGUGUUAAUCGAGAUCAAGCCUGAAGUGACGUUAAUGUGGUCAAUGGAGCAAGUUAGAGAGAAGCUCGAAAGCACCAGACACAUUUGGUCUGAAAUGCGCAACAAGUCUCUCUUCAUCAAGAUGAAAGAUCUCAAUGAAUCUGACUACGAGGAAGCAAAUGCUACGUUCAGGAGUUUGAUUGAGUUGUACUCGAGAGUGCAGCUUAUUUCUGAUAUGUUCGCAUCCAUCGGCUUCUUGAAUAUUAGAGUUUCGAAUGGUUUCUUCCUGCCAAAGUUGAACGAGCCUAGAAAUUUAGAAACGUUAAACAUGAUUGGCAUACUCGACAGAAGUCUCACCUGGGAACACCUUUUGCUCAAUGCUGAGGAGAACAAAGAAACUGAAUUUGAUUGGAAGGAGCUGGAGUCAGGUUCCAAGUCGUCAAAUGAGAAGUAUGAGAAGAAUCUAAACAUCAUGAUGAACAACUUAGACCCAACGGUCAACAUAAAGAGUGGAAACAAGUCUGACGAAGAAAAGAAGGCUGAGGAAAGCACCCCUUCCAAGCUCAAUUACAAAUCUUUGUCACAUCUCUCGAUGUACAUUCCUCAGACUGCUACUCCGUUCUACCAAGCUGUUGUCAAGAUGUUCUUGUACAGACGUCAGAGUGACCAGUCGCAUAAGAAGAACUCUGUAAUUACAUCUAAGGCUAUGGCUCAGAUACUCGUUGAUCACCUCCAGUUCACUGGCAACGGAGAUCCACGCCCAAGCUGCGCAUACAUGUGUCAGAUCCUCAAAGCGAUCAAUGCGCUCUUUUUCGAUGAUCGCACAUCACAUAAUCAUCUCCAAACACCUCUGGUAUUCGCUUUCGCUCAACUCGGUGGAGUGCAACUUCUGACCCACAGGCUCGAUCAAAUAAGUGACGAGCUCUCGCACCAGACUAUUACCGAUAACGAGAUUCCAAAGUCUCCGGCUGAGAUGCAACAAUUCAGAAUCUAUCGUAUUUUGGAGAACAUAAUGCCGCUUUUCCAUACUUUUGCUGCCACCAGACCACUCCUCGAAUCCAGUCAAACUGGACCGCUGCAGUUGAGGGAAGCUGACAAGAGCUCGGCAGAGUAUUUCAACUCUAACGACUUCUUGGUCAGAUUAAGAUCGAUCAUUAUGCCAGUUCUUGUUAAGGUAUGCCAAAGUGAAUGGUUAUCCAAGGCACCCCUCGGUCAGCCUACAAGACUGAUUGUGCAGACUUUCCUCAACAUUAUCAAGGCCGAGGGUGAAGCUGCUGAGCCACCAGCUGGACCGCAGGGUAGAUUAGGUAAUCCACCUUCCGAACGUAUUGGUCAUUUGCAGGAUUUGGAGAGAGCUCUUUUUAACAUGCGCUCAUCACCUUUACACAGAAUUUUGGGUGAGGAGCCUCCAACUGAAGCUGCUCAAAGUGAAUCAGAUGCUACGCAGCCAUCUGAGGCACAAACGUCUCAACCUGAAUUACCACCUCCGCCUCAUCCAGCUGCUGAAUCACGUUCGGACGUUGAAAUCAAAGUUAUGGAAGACAUUGAGGGAGUGAUGAAAAUUGAUAGAUUAAACGAAACGUUACUCCAAGAAAUGAUGAGUAUGGACUUUCCAAAAUAUGCUUCGGCUGUUGCGCUGAUGUACAAUGGUGACGACGUUGCUCAAGCUGCUGAAUGGUUAGUGGCAAGACCAGACUACGUCGAUAUAGCUAGGGAGUUUGAACUACGUCAGAAACGCCAAAAAGACGAGGAAAAGAAGGAUUACGAGACAAAGUUAGCCGAAGGUAAAAUUACGCCAAUGAACGAUAAUAUAGAUGCUGUAAAGAGAUCCCUCGAUCAAGCUCGCCAGAAUCUCUACUCUACCAUCCCAAGUAUCUUGCUUAACCUCGCUGAUGCACAUUACGAGAUAGUUUUCGACGUGAAAGAUAUGUUUAAGGAUGACAAAGAAAAGUCAGCUGAGCAGAUCGGUGUCAAGACUCUUCUCGACGAGGUUGAGACGCUAGAUGCAAAGGAUCGUCAGUGCGAAGGCAAGCUCUACGUUCGUUGGCACUUACUCUCAGUCAUGAUAUCAGACCAUCAGUUUUCUCAGAAGGAUAACGUUAUCAACCAGCGUGAACGUCUUUUGAACUUGACUUACAAGUCUGGACCAGCUGUGAUAGACAGCCAAACACCUCCCAAGUGGCUGGCUCCAUUUUUAUUAGCUAGUGCUAUAAUGCUGGGAUGUUCAGAAGUCAUCAAGACUGCAGAUGAUCCAACCAAGGUCGGCGAAAACAUUCCUGAAGUUAAGAUUGAGGAGAUUGUCGACACUGGCUCAUUCGAAGAGCAGAAGAAUGCCUUGUUUGAGAUUGCCUUGACAACAUUUAAACGCUCGAAGGAUAAGAACUGGGAACUCAAGAAAGCUGAUCUGAUGGCGGUAUUGCAGGUGCUUACUUUGCUCACUCGCUCAACGCGCUACUCGAAGGACCUUUUCUCUGCUGGUGGUGUGCAAAUGCUCAGCAGUAUAUUCGACGGUCCUCUUGACAAUGCCCGCGGCUCCACACUCUUCUUGAGCUUCAUUAUGAGAAAUUUGAUCGAAGACGACUCUCUCAUCAAGUCAACAAUGCACAACGAGCUUUUGUCGUACUUCGCUUCCUCACCAACAAGAGGUUCAAGCUCAGGGAGCAAGGUCGUUGAUGUAUCGACCUUCACGAAGACCGCGUCACCUCUAGCCUUGCGCGAUACGAAGGCGUUUAUGGAAGUGAUCAAGGAAAACUGCAUGCUUGUGAGUGACUCACCAGCAGCUGGCGUCUUCCACAUCAAGCUGCGUCCAGACGUCGUCCCAGAGCUCAAAUCGAAGUUGGGUGAUAAAAAGGAUGGUGAGCAUUCUGGCCAGCAGCAACGUGGCGAAGACAUGCAGCUGGACGAUAAUUCUCAGGCACCACCCAUGCCAUCAGAGGUUCUCGAAUCUAUCCUUCAAUUCCUGGUUGCUGAGCUCAUGAGGGUCGGCAAGACGGCUAGGAAAUUCGCUUCAUUGGCUGAAAAGACGGAUGAAGAGAAAAAGAAAGAAGGUGAGGAAAAGAAGAACAGCUCAAGUGAGCAACAGCAAGAAGAUCCAGCACAACAGCCUCAAUCCUCCACUUCAGCUGCUUCCGAUCAAGAGAAGAAAGAUGAAAAGAAGGAAGAAAGCACUCCUGAUGGAGCCUUAGAGUACUUCUAUGCGUGUUUCAUCCUCCAAUCUAUCACCGAGAUCUGCGCCAGCUAUCCAUCUUCCAAAGUCAAUCUAGUUAUGACCAAUAAGAAGAAGCAGGGCGGUGGCACACCAUUCAAACCAAAGGUGUCGUUCCUCAACUUUUUGAUCAGCGAGCUCAUUUCCAUGCCAUCGCUCGGCGCACCGAACCAUGACAAUGUCGGUCGCAAGCAAAGAGCGCUAGCUGAAUGGGCAAUUGCAGUCUUUGUCAGCACAUGUAGUGACACUUCACCUUGGACUGACAGCAAAGAAAUUCCAAACGAGGUUGUCCUCUCACGCAAGUUCGUCUUGGAUGUAAUUAGCAAAUUGAUCAAGGACAAUACAUCUGGUGUCACUGAUGAGGAUCUCAGUGUUAGAUACGCUAGACUGACAGCUUUGUCUGAGAUUAUUGCCAGAUUGAUAGACGCAAGGCCUGUUAAUCCUGUUACUGGAAAGUCUUCAACAGAGUCAUCUGUCCACAUGGCUAAAGUGAUGUUGGAGAAAAACUAUGUCACUACCCUUACGCACGCACUUGGUGAUAUAGAUAUCUCUUUCCCACACUCGAAGGUCACCAUCGGCGCCUUGCUCUCCCCACUUGAACGUUUGACCAAAAUUUCGAUCAAGAUGGCCAAGAAUGGGGACAAGAAGGACUCCAACAGCCAGGAUGAGCAAAAUGAAGACGAGGAUGAGGAUGAAGAUGAGGACGAUGACGAUGAGGACAACUCCAGCGAUGAGGAUGAUAUUGGUGCUGAUGAGAUGCGUAAUGCUGACAGAGCUGGUACACCUGAUUUGUACCGCAACUCUGCACUCGGUAUGUACAGUGGAGAAAAUUACGGCGAAGAAAACGAUGGCGAUGAAGACAGCGAAAUGGAUGAAGAAGACUUCGACGAUAUGGAAGUUGAUUUCCAUCAUCAUCAUGGUUCUGGUAACCACUCGGAAUCUUCGGACGAUGAUUCUGGAUCCAGUGACGGUGACUCGGAUGACAUGGAAGAUCAUGACGAGAUAGAGGAGGGAGAAGCUGACGAUUGGAUUGAUGAGGAGGAUGAAGGUGAAGAAGUCGAUUUUGACGAAGAUGCGUAUGACGAGGAGGAAGCGCUUAAUCCAAUCGAGGAAAACCCAUCUAUCUUUGACGAAGCUGAUCCAGUCAUUGAAGCACCAACGCCCGACGAAGAAGAGGCUGAGAGUGUUGCUGAUCCUGAAUUCGACGAUGAUGGUUUGAUUGAUGACGGUUUCUCAGAGACUGAUGAGGACGCGGAGGAAGAAGGUCUGGCGUUCAGAGAUGAGGCGGAUGUUGAGCGCGCUCCCCGCAUAGGCAGUCUUCUCGAUGGCCGUGGUGGCAUGGGAGAGACAACGGCUAUCUUUGGAAGCCCUCUACUCGGCGGUGGAUCAUCAAGAAGACGUAUGUUUGGAGGAGGAUCACAAAGCUUCCUCGGUGGUAAUCGCGAUCGUCUCGAGAGUGACCGCGAGCUCCCUCAACAACCACUGCUCGUUGAUCAAGCACCACCUAGCUCAACGCCAGCAUCUCAAGAUACAGGAAACAGACGCCAGAGCUCCCAACGCUCAGGUGCCCCUAAUCCACUCUUGCAGACCAUUGAGAGCAUGUUCGGUAGAAACGGUUUCCAGAUCAUUGAGCAGCUUCUUCAGCGUGAAACUGGUGGAACAGCAGGAGGGGUGCCAGCUGGAGCACGUGUGCAUCUUGAAUUGCACUCGCCAAAUGGACCAAGCGGCUCUAUUCCAAUUGAGCAACUCACCAACAUGCACUCAAGACGCCAACAAACUCCUCAAACUCAUUCGGCGAACAUCUUGAGCGCUGUCAAUGGUCUAGCGGCUCUGCCUACAUUUAGCAGGUGGUACGAUAGUGCAAAGCUGUUUUAUGGUUCAACAUCCCAAGAGCGUUCAUCCAAAAUCACCAACCAUAUUAUUCUGAUGCUGUUGCCAGCUGCUAGAGAAGCAUCAGCGAAGGCCCGUGCCGAGGAAGCUGAGAAGACGAAGGAACUCGAAGCAAAGACCAAGAAAGAUGAGGAGGACAAAGCUCAGAAGGAGGCUGAAGAGAAAUCUAAGAAGGAGCAAGAGGAGAAAGACGCUCGUGAAAAGCAAGCUCAUGAAGAAGAAAUGAGAGAAGCAGAGCGUCCUCAAGAAGUUCAGUCAGAGGCGCAAGCUGAAAGCCAACCUCAAGCCCAGCAGCAGGAAGAUGUCGAAAUGGCUGAAGAUGCACCAGCAGAACAAGAACAAGAUGCUUCUUCGAGUGCUCCGCAAGAGCGUGUUAGUAUUCAGAUCAAUGGACGUGAUGUCGAUAUCACAAACACUGGCAUAGAUCCAUCCUUUAUGGAGGCCUUGCCAGAUGAUAUGCGUGAGGAGGUUCUCACGCAGCAUCUUCGUGAGCAGAGAAGAGCUGCAAAUUCAGCAGCUGCCCAGAAUCGUACUACUGAAGGCGCCCCACCAGCUGCAGAAGGAAACGAUGAUUCCGAAAUAUCGAUGGAGUUCUUGAAUGCUCUUCCAGCAGAGAUUCGCGCCGAGGUGCUUCAGCAAGAAGCCUUUGAGUCAAUCCAUCGCGGAAGACAACCAGAAGGUGGUAACGAGCGCCGUUCAUCUCAGGUUGGUGCAGUUGGUGCAAUGGGAGAUCCAAGCCCAUUCUUCAACUCCAUAGAACCAAGUAUGAGACAAUUCAUUCUGAUGAACGGCGAAAUGCUCGAUCCUCAACAUGACGGUGAAAGAUCGAUGGGUAGAGCGGAUUUGCAACAAAUACUUGGUGGUAGAAGACCAUCUGGACCACGGGCACCACCAAAGAAGGCCACUGAGAAGCAUCGCCAGAAGGAUGCCAUACAGCUUCUCGACAAGAGCGGAUUGGCCAUCUUGAUACGUUUGCUUUUCUAUCCAAACCUAAUCAAGAAAUCGGUCUUGUUCAAGAUUCUUGCCAAUCUUAUCGAAAACUCUCGCUCUAGAAACGACCUGUUGUUGUUGUUGCUGAACAUCUUGCAAGAAGGUACGGGUGACUUGCCAGCAGUUGAUCGUAGCUUGUCUCAAUUGACUUUGAAAGGAACUAAGCCAUCUGCCUCCACACCUCUUUCAACUCCUACCAGUAAGGUGUCUAGCAAACGCAAGCACACGCAAGAAACGCCAGCUAGUCCAAUAUUGCUGCAGAUCCCUCCAGAGACCAUUCCAAACCUGCUUGCCCAACGUUGCUUCGAGACACUCACUACUCUCGUCUCCAGCAACUCAGCCGCUUCGACAUUCUUCCUCACUGAACACGAUCUCUCAAGCAGCAUGAGGUCGAGACCAUCGAAGAAGAGCAAGGGUAAGGAAAAGCAGACAGUACCAGUUAAGUUCCCGAUCGUGCUGUUGAUGAGUUUGCUUGAUCGCCCAACCGUUUUCAAAACGCAGAUGAUGAUGGAUACGUUUACCACUCUGUUGGCGACGGUCACAAAGCCACUGUCAACGCUUAGGAAGGAUGACAAGAACGAGAAACCAGAAGCUAGUGGUACUCAGGAACAGCAGCAAGAGCAGCCUCAGCAACAGCCAGCUGACGCGAACGUUACACCUCGUCCUAAAGAGAAGGAGGGCGAGAACAAGAAGACCGAAGAUGAGAAGGAGGAUGAGGGACUAAAGACUGCUCCUCAGAUUCCUACUCAUGUUCUCAAAUACGUCGUCAACAUACUUACGAUCGGCGAAUGCACCAGCAAAACGUUCCAGCAGACACUAAGUCUGAUCCAGAACUUGAGCUUUGUACCAGACGCAAAGGAUGUUAUUGCGGCUGAGUUAAAGGUGAAAGCGCAAGACUUUGGUCAGCAGCUCAACGGUGAACUUGUUGAGCUCGGUGAUGCACUCAGAAAUGCAGAAAAGAGCGACGAUGUUUCUGCUGGAACGAUGGAGAAGUUCCUCCCAGCUUCAUCACUGCAGGCGCGUCUGCUUAGAGUGUUGAAGACUGUGGAUUACAUGUUCGGUCAAUCUAGCGAGAUGAGCGAAAAUAGUGAGCAAUCUGGUGAAGAAAGGCCAUCUUCGCUUCGUCAAGUGCUUGGCUCUUUGAUGAGAGAAGAUAUCAACCAGCAACCGCAAACAACUGCUGAGCCACCUGCUGCAACGCAAGAAGAGGCUAAGACAAAUGAGUUGAAGGUGAACGCUAUUUACGAUUCAUUUAACUUUGGUUCUGUGUGGCAAAAACUCUCAGAAAACCUCAAGAUCAUUGAAGAGAAUGAGCAAAUGACACAUAUCGCUACCGUUCUCUUACCUCUCAUCGAGUCACUUAUGGUGGUUUGCAAGUAUGUUAAUCCACAAACAGAAGCACUCAGAACAAAGCGCAUGACGGGAUCACCAGUAUCCCCAUCAGCGAAUGAGAGCAUCGAGGAUAUUUUCAUAGACUUCACAGAGGAGCACAGGAAAAUCAUCAAUAUCAUGGUUCGCAAUAAUCCAGCACUUAUGAGUGGAUCAUUCUCACUUCUCGUACAAAACCCUCGCAUUCUCGAGUUUGACAACAAGAGAAGCUUCUUUAUGCAGCGCCUGAGAGCAAGGAAGCGCGGAGAGACAUAUCCAACUCUGCACGUCAACGUCCGUCGCUCGCACGUUUUCGCAGACUCAUUCCAGUACCUGCAGAGGAAGUCUGGAGAUGAGAUUAAGUAUGGUAAGUUGUCAGUCAAGUUCCACGGAGAAGAGGGUGUCGAUGCAGGUGGAGUUGCCCGUGAAUGGUUCCAAGUACUCGCCCAACAGAUGUUUAAUCCAAAUUACGCACUAUUCCAGCCAUGUGAUGCCGAUAGAUUGACGUAUCAACCAAAUAGAGCGUCGUACGUAAAUGAGCAUCAUUUGGACUUCUUCAAGUUUGUUGGACGUAUCAUUGGUAAAGCUAUCUACGAUGGUAGACUGUUGGAUGCGUACUUUACGAGGUCGUUCUACAAGCAUAUGCUGGGCAGACAGGUAGACUUUAAGGAUUUGGAGAGUGUUGAUUUGAGUUACUACAACUCACUCGUCUGGAUGUUGGAGAAUAGCUUGGAGGGUGUGCUCGAGUUGACGUUCUCGAUCGAGGAUGAUGAGUUCGGUGUAGUGAACAUCAUAGAUUUAAUUCCAAACGGCAGGAACAUACCGGUAACAGACCAGAACAAGAAGGAAUAUGUCAAGCUUGUAACUGAGUUCCGCCUCACGACAGCGAUCGAGAGACAGAUUCAGUGCUUCUUGGAAGGAUUCCACGAGAUAAUACCGAAAGACCUGGUUAAGAUAUUCUCUGAGAACGAAUUGGAGUUGUUAAUUUCUGGUUUACCUGAUAUUGAUGUCGAUGCGUGGAAGAACCAGACAGACUACCAUGGAUUCACACCUUCAGAUCCAGUGAUCGGUUGGUUCUGGAGGGUGCUGAGGUCAUUCGACUCAACACAGAAAGCAUCGUUCUUGCAGUUUGCAACUGGUUCAUCUCGUGUACCGCUCGAAGGAUUUGGUGCACUACAGGGAUCACAAGGCACACAGAGAUUUAACAUUCACAAGGCGUACGGUGCAGAAGAUAGACUGCCUGCUGCACACACAUGCUUCAAUCAACUAGAUUUAGGACCAUAUUCGUCGUACGAGGCACUUCGCAGACAGAUAUUGACGGCAAUCCACGAGGGCAAUACAGGAUUCGGGUUUGCAUGA